AUGCGAGCUGGAACACAGACCGUCGCUCUCAAGCUGUGUUUGGUGUUAAAGGACAGCGACGCAGCACCUACUCUGCGCCUCUUAUGGCUCGCCUCAACAACAACUAUCGGACAUCAUGGUCCUGAUCCUGAUGAGGAGGUGGUUCAACCUGGGCAACCGGAACCAGACGAGGCUUAUGAAAGCGACCCAGAGACCUCGAGUGACAUCCUGGUUUCUGCUCCGCCUCACAUCAUGCUCACCAGUGCAGAGACAGCGAACGUUCAACCUCCAGCCUUUGAAGAUGUCUGUGGUCCCAGCCCCCUUCCUGGGUAUCAGCAGCUGGAGAAGUUCUGUUCGGUGCUGAUCGACGUCGGUCUGACUGACGAAAAGCUGUCGCUCAGCACCCAGCAGAGAAACAGCAUCCUGGAGGCAUGGAAUGAAGUGGAGGAGCAUGACAAGCAGCCCGAAAAGUUCAGCCAGCGGUACAGGACUCAAUGGGGGAAUAAGCUGUACUGCAGGACAAAGCGGGACGACCUUGUGGACGCUGCUGUGAUCCAGAAAGUAAAGAUGUCAAAAAGAUACGCGCCAGCACAGCACAACGUCAGUGCACAGAACAACGGACUGAUGUAUGUUCUUGUGAAGCUGCUGUGGCUGAAUGCGCCUCAGGGAUCAUGCAGCACCAGCCCAGAAAAAAAAAAAAAAACAUCCUGAAGGC